AUGGCCAUAUUGUCUCGACGAUCGAUGGUGUACGCAAAGCAUCCGUACAAGACCCAUAUUGAAUUCUAUCAUUCAAGAACACUAUCGACCACGUCUAGAAUUUACCAAAGAAAGUACUUCCAGGAAAAGACAGAUCCAGAGUCAAAGUCACCAGAGAAAGAUGUAAAUACAGUGCUGAAAAGUCCCCAAACAAACCAAGCAGAGCCUUACGUGGAGUCUCCACUUACAAUUCUGGAUGUUGAUCCUGCCAUCAUCAUGACCGACGACUCUUCGAGCCAAGCAGCCGAAGGCGACUUCCUCACCACAAUCUUUGAGAACAUGGAGCCCUAUAUUGAUACCUAUGAAGCAUACAAGGAGCUACUUCGCGCUGGAUUCACUCCGUCGCAGAGUGACGAAAUCAUCUCCAUGCUUAUUGUGCAGCUUAACUCUAAACUCUCCAAGUUGUCUACCAAAUAUUCGCAAGCUUAUGAGUUGGAAAACGAGCAAUAUUUGUUUGAAAGUGCUCAACAGGAAUUGAGAGUGGAUAUCACUCGAAACAGAGAAAAUCACAUCAACGAGCUGAUUAACCAGAUCAAUGCACUUGAAAGAGAUUUCGACAAGGUUAGUGACGAGCUUAAUAACCAUUUCAUCCAGAUGAAAAAUGAUAUCCAGGUGGCCAUUAACGACCAGAAAUCCGAGAACACACUUAAGAGUAAGAAGAUCAUGCUUCGCAUCCAGGAAACUAACCACAAAAUUACUACAGAAGUUAACAUGGCCAUGAGGUCCGAAAUCGAAUCGUUGAGGUGGCAUUUGUCGCGCUGGGGUUUGAUAGCUAUUUUGGUUUCAGUGUUUUCGACUUGCGUGGUCUAUUACACGCAUAAGGCACUGAACCAGGGUAGAUCCAGAGAAAACGAGUUUGUGCCGCUUGUGAUCUACGAGCCUAGUGAGUUUGACGAGGACGACUACCAUGCUGAUUUGGAUCCAAACACCAUAUAA